AUGCUUGCCGCAGAAAGUGCAACAGGAAAUAGAAUUCCUCCAUAUAUGAUGUUUACAAAGAUGCAUUUUAAUGACUUAAUGGUACACGGUGCUCCACCUGGAACAGUCGGAACAGCUCACGUGUAUCUACAUUUCAUUUGGCGCUCCAUGGAUAUCUACUGCCUGGGACAAACUGACCGUCGCGACCACCCUUCUCGGUGGCACUUUGAAUCAACAAGGUCUACCAUUUCUCCAACUCUAACUGCAACAAGUGUUUUAUCGUCGUCUGCAUCAAGUGGAUCGUGUACAUCUUCUAAGAUUGUUUCAUGUUCAUCUGCAACAACUGUUUCACCUGCUCAACCUUCUGCUGAGCUUACAUAUGAAGCCUACAAAAUUUACAGGACCCAGCAUCCUGGACCCACCAGCAACAAGUCAUAUUUGCGUUGGGUCCAGUUUGGGGGCAAAGAUGACCCCCUUUUUAGAUGGCCCAAUUAUCCCCCAAAAAGGCGUGCUGGGGACAACAGCAGAAGAGGUACAGGAAGUGGUUGCGCCAGAAGAGGUUGACAAAGAAGGAACGGAG